GUGUGGCAUUAUUAGAAGAAGGAUAUGGAAAUAUUAGUUCAUGUUAUAACAUAUCAAGAAUAAAGUUAUGUUUAAUUAAUAUUAAUGUAACAGUGCUUAUAAUAAUAAUUUCGGCAUUACUUUUAAGUAUCAUGAAGAUGUAUGAUAACAAUCAUAUGUGUC